GUUUAGCUUGUGGCAAAACUCCGAAACCGCCGCACUGCCAGUGUCAAGCUGUCUAUCAGACCAAGUUUGACUGCCACUUACUCACUGUUCAUUUCAGUCUCGGAAUGUCUUUGACAAUGCCGUUAUUCUACCGAAAGCCAACCAAAGGCUACCGCAUAGCUUGAACUUGAAUUCCAUUGACACUAAUUCAUGUUCAGCCUGAGCCGUUGGUCGUACUGGCAUUCACAUUAGAACCAGUCAGAACAACCGGAUCCUGUCCUUGCUUUAUCAACGAUGUAUACUAGAUGUGCAAUACUCGCACUCGCUUCCUUGGCGGUGGUCAACGCCCGGUCACUGCUCCCAUCCUUGACUGUGACCUACAAUUUGAUCGCCUCACAUGUCGGCCAUGACUUUCUAGAUAAUUAUUCCUGGGAGACAGCAGACGAUCCGACGCACGGCCGUGUCAACUUUGUCGACCAAGCUACAGCUCUCAAAAAUAAUCUGACUUUCGUUUCGGACUCGAAGCUUGUCAUGCGCGCUGAUGACAUGAACAAAGUUGCCAAAUCUGCCCGCGGACGAGACAGUGUACGCAUACACUCGAAAGCCGCCUACGAUGACGUCUUGUUGGUCCUCGACAUAGCACACAUGCCCGAGGGCUGUUCAACGUGGCCUGCAUGGUGGACAUUGAGUCAACAGGGGCCCUGGCCUAACGGUGGCGAAAUUGAUAUCCUCGAAGGCGUCAACCUCGGUCAAGCAAAUCUUGCCUCGCUACACACCACACCGAAUUGUACUAUGCCACAAGAUCGAUUACAGAAAGGGAAGACACAGUCCACUUCGUGCGACGCAUCCAUGAACUCCAACCAGGGUUGUGGAGUAUCUUUUCCUGAGCAAGAUUCUUUUGGGGCAAGCUUCAACGCAGGGGGCGGUGGCUUGUACAUCAUGGAAAAGAGCAGCCAGAAGGGCGUCUCAGUCUGGUUUAUAAGCCGCAGCAACUUGAUGCAAGUCAACAGUGACGAGGUCAUCCUGGACAUGAUGGAUCUAUUCACACCUGAUGCGUACUUCCCGAUGCAAAGCAAUGAGUCGCCGCAUGACAACUGCGACUACUCCGAACACUUCAAUGCACAUAGCAUCGUUAUUGAUCUGACAUUGUGUGGUGACUGGGCAGGGUCCGAGUCGGUAUGGAAUACGUCCACGUGUGCAGCAAAAGCCUCUACUUGUGAGAGCUUUGUUGACAACAAUCCUCACGAGUUCGCCGAUGCCUAUUGGGAAAUCAACUCCCUCAAGAUAUACACACCCACUGGUAUUUUGCCUUAGUUUGAUGCCCACACUCAUACAUCUUAAUUAUACCAUACCAUACAGCUACUAAUGUAGCAAGUCCGGACGAUCUGUUCAGCAUUAUAGAAGUCUGUCAUUUAGCCCUUGCAUUGUUUACGUUACUCGUUGUUUUGCGUUAGACACUGGAGCUUGAAUACAUGUUGGGGCCUCGGGGUA